UCUGUUUAUGUCUUAUAUUUCUAUAGGCUAUAAUUGUAUUCAGCUGAUGGCUGUUAUGGAACAUGCAUAUUACGCCAGCUUUGGUUAUCAGGUCACAAGCUUCUUUGCAGCAUCAAGCCGUUACGGAACUCCAGAUGAUCUGAAAGAAUUGAUUGACGUUGCUCAUUCAAUGGGUAUUACUGUACUGCUGGAUGUUGUGCACAGCCACGCAUCAAAAAACUCAGAAGAUGGUCUCAACAAAUUUGAUGGUACAGAUUCUUGUUUCUUCCAUUCUGGUCCUAGAGGAACUCAUCGGAUCUGGGACAGCAGGCUCUUUGAUUACGCAAAGUAAGCAUACAGUAUAGUUUCAAGUACUUU